CGUUCGCGUUGGCCACCGAUAUUCCGGCUGAAGCGCACGGCAGACACAACCCAAGUCCAAAGCUCUGCUCUCCCCACAUCCAUAGCCCGCAACAAGAAAAAAGAAAACCAUGAUGGACACUUCAGAUAGCGCAGUGGCAGCAGCCGUUGCAGCGCAGCAGCUCGCUCAGGCGCAGGCGCAGGCGCAAGGAGGCGGCGAUGACGAUUCCGCUGCAGCUGUAUCCUGCAACUAUGUUCUCAAAUACACCUUGGAGGGCCACAAGAAGGCCAUCUCGUCGGUGAAAUUCAGCCCUGAUGGCAACUGGCUUGCUUCAUCGUCGUCAGACAAAAUGAUCAAGAUCUGGGGCGCCCGCGAUGGCCACUUUGAGACGACGCUUGUGGGCCACAAGCUUGGUAUUUCGGACAUUGCCUGGUCGUCCGAUUCAACGCAGCUCGCCUCGGCAAGCGACGAUAAGAAUGUCAAGAUCUGGGACAUUGUGUCUCGGACGUGCAUCAAAACGCUGGUUGGCCACACCAACUAUGUCUUUUGCGUCAACUUCAACCCGCAGUCGACGCUCAUCGCGUCCGGCUCGUUCGACGAGUCUGUCCGCAUCUGGGAUGUCAAAACGGGCAAGUGCAACAUGACCCUGCCCGCUCAUUCCGAUCCUGUCUCCGCCGUCCACUUUAACCGCGAUGGCACCCUAAUUGUGUCGUCGAGUUACGAUGGUUUGUGUCGUAUUUGGGACGCGUCGACAGGUCAACUGCUCCGAACCCUUAUUGAGGACGAUAACGCCCCAGUUUCUUUCGUCAAGUUCAGUCCCAAUGGACGCUACAUCCUGGCCGCAACGCUGGAUAGCACGCUCCGCCUGUGGAGUUACAACACGGGCAAAUGCUUAAAGACCUACACUGGCCAUCGGAAUGAAAAGUACUGCAUUUUUGCCAACUUUUCCGUCACGGGUGGCAAGUGGAUUGUUUCUGGCUCGGAAGACCAUCUCGUUUAUAUCUGGAACCUCCAAACGAAGGAGAUUGUGCAAACGUUGAGCGGACAUCGCGACGUCGUACUAUGCGCGGCUUGCCACCCAACCGAGAAUAUCAUUGCAUCAGGAGCGCUGGACAAGGACUGCACAAUCAAAAUUUGGAAGUCUGAUACAUGAGCGGCCAUCCUGACUUGAGUGUUUUUUUUUUUUUUUUCCGUUUGGUUGUUCCGAUCUUGUGUUGAUGUGUGAUUCCAUGUCGCUUGUCGCUUGAUAAAAAAAAAAGCCCAUUUCCCC